UUUAUCGACACGAAUACUGCAAAGACUAGAAAUAUCCGCCAUCUUGAAGGUGUUGUCAACUUUUGACAAGACAGACCAUUCACGAUAAUGGACUCUCUUUUCUCUCGAAGUAAAAUAUCCAUGUCAGCCCUGACUGACUUCUCCAACCUGAGUAAAGGAACUCAAAGCCAUCUCAAGAGCGUUUACACAUGCCUCGCUCUAGCUAUGCUUUGUGCUGGGGCCGGAGCUACACUUUAUCUACUGUCUCUCUUUAAAGGAUUGAUAGUGGCUGUCAUUGGAUCAGUGGUUUGUAUGGUGGCUCUGGGUAUGACUCAGAACACUCCAGAGAAUAUGACAAAGAGACUCGGUCUUCUUUGUGGUUUUGCCUUCUUCUCUGGUACCAGCAUGGGACCUCUUCUUGAAGCCGUCAUUGAUAUAGAACCAAGCAUUGUCCCGACUGCCUUUCUCAGUACUUGUGUUAUUUUUGUGACUCUCUCACUGACUGCUUUGAUAUCCGAGCGAAGGUCCUUCCUGUUUCUGGCUGGUCCUUUGUUGUCUGGACUUUCACUUUUGAUCCUGCUCUCUUUCUUCUCUCUUUUGUUUGGAUUCUCUUUCGGAUUCCAAAUCCAGUUGUAUCUUGGUCUAAUGAUAUUUUGUGGUUUUGUUAUAUUCGAUACCCAACUGAUAGUCGAGAAGUACAAUCAUGGUGAUCACGACUAUAUCUGGCACUCGCUUGAUCUCUUUAUUGACUUCAUUGCCAUAUUUAAGAGGAUUCUUAUCAUUCUUGCUUCAAAGGAGAAGAAGAAGAAAUGAACUGAUAUUAUUUCAUUCUCCUGGAAAUGUUAGCCUUUGGACUGAACUUGUUGUACAAACUUUAUUUUAUCUGACACCACAAAAUAAUUACACACACCCUCCUCCCUCUUUUUGAUUUGUUAGUAGAGAGUAAAAACAACAUUAUUAUUAUUAUUAUUAUUAUUAUUAUUAUUAUUAUUAUUAUUAUUAUUAUUAGCUUUAGCUAUGUUUACUUUUUCAGUAAUGGUCUGAUAUUGAACAGUUUAAAUAAAGAGAGAAGUUAUGUCUAUGUCUCUGUCUG